CACAAGAGAAUCAUAGAAUAUAAACGUCUUUCUUCUUUCGCGAUCUUCUAUCUCUCUUGACCCUUUAAUAGCCCCUGUUUUUCCUUGGUGAUACGGUCCGGAAAUAUGCCGUUCAGUACAAAACUCACCAGAACCCUGGGCAUCAAGGUGCCCAUCGUUCAAGGUGGAAUGCAAUGGGUAGGCUACGCAGAGCUUGCAUCUGCUGUCAGUAACGCUGGUGGACUCGGCAUUCUCACGGCGCUCACGCAACCUACGCCAGAAGAUCUACGAAAGGAAAUCCGAAGAUGCAAGGCCAUGACCAACAAGCCGUUUGGCGUCAACAUCACUCUUCUCCCUGCCAUAAACCCACCGGACUACGGCGCAUACGCACAAGUGGUUAUCGACGAGGGAAUUCGGAUUGUCGAGACGGCGGGAAACAGUCCCGGCCCGGUCAUCAAGCAAUUGAAGGCUGCCAACACUAUUAUCCUCCACAAAUGCACCACCAUCAAGCACGCUCAGAGUGCCAUAAAGCUUGGCGUAGAUUUCCUGAGUAUCGACGGCUUUGAGUGUGCGGGCCAUGUCGGAGAGACGGAUAUCACGAACUUCAUCCUUCUCAGUCGGGCUCGGCAAACCCUGAAAGUUCCGUUCAUUGCCUCUGGAGGCUUCGCAGAUGGCCAGGGGCUUGCUGCAGCCCUGUCCCUUGGAGCCGAGGGUAUCAACAUGGGAACCAGAUUUAUGUGCACAGUCGAAGCGCCCAUCCAUCUAAAUAUCAAGAAGGAGAUCGUCAAGGCGCAGGAGACGGAUACUCAGCUUGUGCUCCGGAGAUGGAAGAACACGAGCCGUCUGUAUAAGAAUAAGGUGACCAACGAAGCCGUGAAAAUUGAACGGGAGAGCACGACCGGGAAAUUCGAGGAAGUUGCGCCGUUUGUCAGUGGCAAGAGAGGAAGAGAAGUAUUUAUCAACGGCGAUCCUGAAUACGGGGUCUGGACUGCUGGACAGGUUAUCGGACUUAUCCAUGAUAUCCCCACGUGUGACGAGUUAUGCAAGAGAAUUGAGCGAGAGGCCGAAGAGACCCUGAAACAGGCAUCAUCUCUUAUUGUGCCCGAGAGCAAGCUAUGAUUGUAUCUAGAUAUGAGGGAACUGGAACUGGUGUAUUUUCUACUCUGUUUAGAAGUAGGCUUGGAUAAUGUUAUCAUGAUGCUCAAGUG